GACAAAUCAAAAUCCAAAUAUUCUGCUCAGAUCUCAUGAAAUUUUCACAAGAAGAUGGAUCAAGAAUUUGAGGGCUCGUCGGAGGAGAAGCUUCAUAAUGAAGUGGAAUGCCAUGAACAACAAGGCCUAGGGCUACACCAAGCCCAAGUUGAAGGCGGAGGCCAAGGGCAUGAGCAAGGCCUAGGCCAAGCCGAAGGCAAAGGCCAAGGGCACGAUGAGCAAGGCCUAGAUCAAGGGUUUGAAGUCCAAGGCCAAGGGGUCCAAGGCCAAGAGCAAGACCUAGGUCAAGGGUUCCAAGUCCAAGACCGAGGUUUCCAAUGCCACGAACAAGAAGGGCAAGGGCAGGGCAAAGGUCAUCUCUUUGGGCGCGAGAAACCGGUGCACAGUGCUCUGGGUGGCGGCACACCUGCCGAUGUCAUUUUAUGGCGGAACAAGCACAUGUCUGCAGCACUGCUAGCUAGCUUCACUGUAAUAUGGCUCCUCUUCGAAUGGAUAGGCUACCAUCUCAUUCCUUUCAUCUGCCACUUCCUCAUUCUCACUUUGGCCACACUCUUCCUAUGGUCGAACCUCUCCUUUUACGUUCACAAGUCGCCCCUCAACAUCCCUGAGAUCGAGUUGCCAUGGGAUCUGUGCAUGACCGUUGCUCUCCUACUACGUGACAGAUGCAACCAAGCUAUUAGUAUGCUAUGGGAGGUAGCUUCGGGGAAGGACUUAAAGAGGUUUUUGACUACAAUCUUUGCACUAUGGGUCAUCUCUAUGGUCGGGAGCUGGUUCGACUUCCUGACUAUCAUCUACAUCAUUAAUGUGUUGAUUCUGACUAUGCCCCCAUUGUACGAGAAGCACGAGGAUCAAGUGGACUCCUAUGCUCUGAAGGCAAAAGCUAGACUCAAGAGACAAUACAGCAAACUGGAUGAAAAGGUUCUUCAAAAGCUACCAAAAGUUCCAUUCAUCUCGGACAAUAAGCAUCACUAACGGAAAAAAGUCAAAAAUCAAGAAUGGCCUCGUUCGUUUGGUGCUGAUAAAGAUCUAAAACCUAGUAAUGAUUUAGGGUGUGGGAUUUGCCUUUACAUUUGUUUAGGUUAAUCUUAGCUUAGUAAAUUUAUGAUCACAUUUCUGUAUAUCUGUUCAGUUACAUGACAACACGUUUAUACUAAUUAUGUUGAGCUA